CUUCACGGGGACGGGGGCUGGGGUGUCGCAGUUCCCCCAUGGAAGGCGAAGAAGCAGCCGCUCGUCUCAUGGAGGCUCGGCUGAGUGAUGAGGAUUCCCAAGAGCUUCCAGAAGAGGGUGAGGAUGGAGCUGAAGGAGCAGCGGCCGCGGAGGAGCUGACUGGGACUGGGGACACAGAGGAUGGUGGUGUCCCCGUGAGGAUCCUGCAGCCAGACAGGGACAUGUUGUGCUCCAGCUAUGUGGAUGGUGGAGCAGACGCCCUUCUGAAGCCCUCAACUGCCUCGAUGGACAGGCAGAGGAGCACUGAGCUCUCAGCCCUUGAUAGCUUCCCCCUGAAGCACUCGAACACGCUGACGAACAGGCAGCGCGGCAAUGAGGUCUCGGCCCUCCCAGCCACGCUGGACACGCUGUCCAUUCACCAGCUAGCUGCCCAAGGUGAGCUCAGCCAGCUGAAAGAGCAUCUUCGGAAAGGUGAGAACUUGGUAAAUAAACGUGACGAGAGAGGUUUCACGCCACUGAUCUGGGCUGCAGCCUUUGGAGAGAUCGAAACAGUCCGUCACCUCCUGGAAUGGGGUGCUGACCCCCACGCGCUGGCGAAGGAGCGGGAGAGCGCCCUGUCCCUGGCCAGCAUGGGCGGCUACACCGACAUCGUCAUCAUGCUGCUGGAGAGGAACGCGGACAUCAACAUCUACGACUGGAACGGCGGCACUCCUCUGCUCUACGCCGUGCGCGGCAAUCACGUCAAGUGUGUCGAGGCCCUACUAGGUAACGGGGAAGAUCUGCGCUUAAUCCUCGGCCUUGAGUUGUGGCUUGUUGCUCGUGGUGCCGACCUGACGACAGAAGCGGAUUCUGGCUACACCCCGAUGGAUCUGGCCGUGGCCCUGGGACACAAGAAAGUCCAACAGGUUAUUGAAAAUCACAUCCUCAAGCUAUUCCAGAACAAAGGCUUGGAGUGACAGUGUGAACCAGCGCUUCUCUUGGCUGACGCAGGGCUGUCUUCUGGGACCAACGUGGCCUGACCCAGCGGUCCCAAAACGGGCAGCAGCACAGUGCUUCUGGCAAGGAGCACGUGGAAGAAGCUGUGAAGCAACCGCCUGGCCUCGGCGGAUUUAUGCCACUCCUGGAAAGUGGCACGGCCUCGGUGCCUCGCAGCCGGGGACACUCACUCCUCAGGGCAGCUGCAUUUCUGCUCCCUCUGGGCUCAGCUGCUUCGUGCGUGCAUUCAAGUAUUGCAUUUUUGGAAGUAAACUGUAAAAGCAGC